GUCCCAGAAAGGGUCAUUGAAACAAAAAUGCUAUGCGACUUUAUGCUUUCAGGUGGAGGGCCAGACAACUGAGCAGUUGGAACAUUCCUGAUCACGCGAGUGGGCAUACAGUCACUUGGAAAGCAACAAUGCAAGAGCAGAUGGCGCAAAGAGAACAGGGGCAGGACAGGGACCACAACUGCUCAAAAAUAAUGAAACAGUUGCUGAGUAAGGGGGCUAAUGUGAAUAUUACAGAUAACAGUGGAGUAACACCAUUGCAUUUAAUUGCUAAAAUGGGGUACGUAAAUGUGGCCCGUGAUUUAUUGAAUGCGGGCGCUAGAGUGAAGAAGAGAUGUGGUGCUGGACAGACACCGCUGUAUGUAGCAGCUGUAAGUGGGCAUGUGGAGGUGGUACGUGAGUUGCUGGGUAACGGGGCCGAUGUGAAUAAAUGGGAUCGGCAGAGACAGACGCCGUUGCUUGUGGCAACUAAAAGUGGGCAUGUGGAGGUGGUACGUGAGUUGCUGGGUAAGGGAGCUGAUGUGAAUCUUGUGGAUGAUGACGCGAGAGGACCGUUGCAUUUCGCAGCCAAAAGGGGAAAUGUAGAAAUGGUACGUGAGUUACUGACUAAGAGUGCUGAUGUCAACCUUGGGGAUGCUGACUCAAAAGGACCGUUGCAUUACGCAGCUAAAAGGGGGCAUGUGGAGGUGGUACAUGAGUUGCUGGGUAAGAGUGCUUGGGUGGAUAUUUCGGAAAAAUCUGAACGGACACCGCUGCAUUUAGCAGCUAUACGUGGUCACGUGGAGGUGGUACGUGAGUUGCUGCGUAGUAACGCUAGCGUGGAUCCUGCAGAUACAUAUGAACAGACACCGUUGCAUCAUGCAUCUGGAAAUGGGCACGUGGAGGUGGUGCGUGAGUUGUUGCGUAAGGGUGCCAAGGUGAAUUUUGCAGACUUUUACAAAGGUACAUCACUGCAUUUCGCAUGUGACAGUGGGCACCUAGAAGUGAUCCGGGAGUUGCUGAGAUACAAAGCUAGUCCAGAUAUUACGGAUUACCGUGAACGGACACCGUUGCUUUUAGCAGCUAAAAGAGGGCAUGUAGAUGCAGUACGCGAGUUGCUGAGUAACGGCGUUAGUCUGAAUAAACAAAAUCUUAAAGCACGGACACCAUUGCUUCUAGCAACUAAAAGGGGGCACACAGAGGUGGUGCGGGAGUUGUUGAGUAACGGCGCAUGUGCCAGUAUUGCGGAUAUAGAUAAACGGGCACCGUUGCACUUAGCUGCUGGGAGUGGCCAUGUAGAAGUGAUACGCCUGUUGCUGAGUAAUGGCGCUAGUGUAGAUGUUCCGGACAAAGAUAAACGGACACCGUUGCAUUUAGCAGCUGGGAGUGGCCAUGUAGAAGUGAUACGCGUGUUGCUGAGUAAUGGCGCUAGUGUGGAUGCUCCGGACAAAGAUAAAUGUUCCCCGUUACAUUUAGCAGCUGUAAAUGGUCAAGUAGAAGUUAUACGCCAGUUGCUUCGUAACGGCGCUAGUGUGGGUGUUCGGGAUAAAGAUAAACGGACACCGUUGCAUUUAACAGCUGUAAAUGGCCACCUAGAAGUGAUACGCGUGUUGCUGGGUAACGGCGCUAGUGUGGAUGUUCCGGACAAAGAUAAACGGACCCCGGUGUAUUUAGCAGCUGGGAUUGGUCAUGUAGAAAUGAUACGUGAGUUGCUGAGUAACGGCGCUAGUGUGGAUGUUCCGGACAAAGAUAAACGGACACCGUUGCAUUUAGCAGCAGCAUUUGGGCAUUUGCAAGUAGUACGUGAGUUGCUGAGUAAGGACUCUGGUGUGAAUGUUACGGAUGAAUUUGAACGGACACCGUUGCAUUUGGCAGCUGAAUAUGGGCAUUUGCAAGUAGUACGCGAGUUAUUGAGCAAGGGCGGUGAUACGAAUGCUAUGGAUAAACAUCAACGGACACCUUUUACUGUAGCAGAAGAGCGUGGGCAAGCAGAGGUGAUAGAGGAGUUGCAGAGUAAGGGCGCUCGUGCUGAUGUUGCGGAUUCUAUGGGAUGGACACCGUUGCAUUUAGCAGCUAUCUAUGGGCAUGUAGAAAUGGUACGUGAGGUGUUGAGUAAGGACGCUAUUGAGGAUAUUACAGAUAUUAAUGAACGAACACCUUUGCAUUUAGCAGCCAAAUAUGGGCAUAUUGAUGUGGUGCGUAUGUUGCUGAGUAAGGACGCUAUUGCGGAUAUCGCGGAUGUCAAUAAACGGAUACCGUUGCAUUUAGCAGCUGAAAAUGGGCAUGUAGGGGUGGUACGUGAGUUGCUGAAAGAGAGUUCUAGUGUGGAUAUUGCGGAUGCUAUGGGUUGGACACCGUUGCAUUUAGCAGCUAAGAGUGGGCAUCAAGCAGUGAUAGGUGAGUUCGAGGGAGGGUUAUUUAAUUUGGAGGUUUUAGAUGGCAAGAAACAGAAAAAUAAUCAUUCUGCAGCUCCAUGUGGGCAUGUGGAAGUCAUACGUGAAUUGCUGAGUAACGGAGCUAGUGUGGAUAUUGCAGAGAAAGACGGACGGACGCCGUUGCAUUUAGCAGCUGAAAAUGGGCAUAUACAGGUGGUACGUGAGUUGCUGAGAAAAGGCGCAAAUUUGCAUAUUGCAGAUAAAUAUGGAAAGAUGCCGUUACAUUUGGCAGCUGAAUUUGGGCAUGCAGAUGUGGUACGUCAGUUGUUGAGUAGGGGAACUAAGGUACUAAACUGUGUCUGUCAGUCAGAGACACCGUUACAUUUAGCUGCCAAAUGGAACGGUGUCUGUGACUGUCAGUUACAGACACCGUUACAUUUGGCAGCUAAAUGUGGGCAAGUGGAAAUUGUAUCUAUGUUGCUAACAGAAGUGCAUCAAUUAGAAAAAGGUUUGUUUCAAUUAAAUAUAAAUUCUGAAGGUGAACUUGAGCAUGAGGAUACCGAUCUCAUGUCUCGGUUUCUGAGUAAGGGCGCUGGUGUGGAUAAACGGACACCGCUGCAUUUGGCAGCUGAAUCUGGGCAUGUAGAGGUUGUGCGUGAGUUGUUGAGCAAGGACGCUGGUAUGAAUGUUACGGAUGAAUUUGAACGGACACCGCUGCAUUUGGCAGCUGAAUUUGGGCAUGUAGAAGUGGUACGCGAGUUGCUGAGUGGCGGCGCUAGUGUGGAUAUUCCGGACAAAGAUAAACGGACACCCUUGCAUUUCGCAGCUGAAACUGGCCAUGUAGAGGGGGUACGCGAGUUGCUGAGUGGCGGCGCUAGUGUGGAUAUUCCGGACAAAGAUAAACGGACACCCUUGCAUUUCGCAGCUGAAAAUGGGCAUUUAGAGGUGGUAAGUGAGUUGCUGAGUGGAGGCUCUAGCGUGGAAAUUGAGGACAAAGAUAAGUGGACACCGUUGCAUUUAACGGCUGGGAGUGGCUAUGUAGAAGUGGUACGCGAGUUGCUGAGUGGCGGCGCUAGUGUGGAUAUUGCGGACAAAGAUAAACGGACACCCUUGCAUUUCGCAGCUGAAAAUGGGCAUUUAGAGGUGGUAAGUGAGUUGCUGAGUGGAGGCUCUAGCGUGGAAAUUGAGGACAAAGAUAAGUGGACACCGUUGCAUUUAACGGCUGGGAGUGGCUAUGUAGAAGUGGUACGCGAGUUGCUGAGUGGCGGCGCUAGUGUGGAUAUUGCGGACAAAGAUAAACGGACACCGUUGCAUUUCGCAGCUGAAAGUGGGCACGUAGAGGUGGUACGCAAGUUGCAGAGUGGCGGCGCUAGUGUGGGUAUUGCGGACAAAGAUAAAUGGACACCCUUGCAUUUAGCAGCUGGGAGUGGCCAUGUAGAAGUGGUACGCGAGUUGCUGAGUAACGGCGCUAGUGUGAAUGUUGCGGACAAAGGUAAGCGGACACCGUUGCAUUUCGCAGCUGAAAGCGGGCAUACAGAGGUGGUAUGCGAGUUGAUGAGUGGCGGAUCUAGUGUGGAUGUUGCGGAUAAAGAUAAGCGGACACCGUUGUAUUUCGCAGCGAAAAGUGGCCAUGUAGAAGUGGUACGCGAUUUGCUGAGUAACGGCGCUAGUGUGAAUGUUGCGGACAAAGGUAAGCGGACACCGUUGCAUUUCGCAGCUGAAAGUGGGCUUGCAGAGGUGGUACGCGAGUUGCUGAGUGGCGGAGCUAGUGUGGAUGUUGCGGACAAAGGUAAGCGGACACCGUUGCAUUUCGCAGCGGAAAGUAGCCAUGUAGAAGUGGUACGCGAGUUGCUGAAUAACGGCGCUAGUGUGGAUAUUGCGGACAAAGACAUGAAAACACCGUUGCAUUUAGCUGCUGGGAGUGGCCAUGUAGAAGUGACACGCGAGUUGCUGGGUAACGGCGCAAGUGUGAGUAUUACAGAUGGAGCCGGAUGGACGCCGUUGCAUUUAGCGGCUGAAAGUGGCCAUGUGGGGGUGGUACGCGAGUUGCUGAGUAAGGGCGCAAGUUUGCAUGUUGCGGACGAAGGUGGACGGACACCGUUGCUAUUAGCGUCUAUGAGGGGGCAUGUAGAGGUAAUACGUGAGUUGGUGAAUUAA